CGGUCGCGCGUCAGAGCGGAGCAGGAGUGCGAUACCGCCGCGUCUCGCGCUGUCACGGGCCACGGGACCACGCCACCACAUGAGAUCCAUGGAAGUACUUAUGGCUUUCUCAUUAGCGUGGCGAGUCAUGUGGUCUGUCUGAGCGUGAGGAUUCGCGCGAGUUUUAGUGAUUAGUGAAUUAAACUAGUGUCUUGUUAUGGCGCGGGUGUGUGUGUACAGGUGAUAGUGUAGUCAGUGGCCAUGUCUAGGAGGGAGGUCCGCGCCGAGCGUGGCGAGUACCCACUGCCGCCGCCCAGCAAGUGUGCUAAGUUCCUGUACUACACGUGGAAGCUGUGCUCGGUGGUGUUCUCGCACUUCGUGAUGAUCAGCCUGGUGGUAGCGUACUGCAUCCUCGGCGCUGUUACCUUCGAGCGGCUAGAAGCCAGCCACGAAAGAGAGGUGAAGAUGAACAUAUCUCAGAUCCGCAGCAACACGACGCACAGUAUCUGGAGCAUGACGCGCAGCGUGCCGCUCCUCAACCACACCAACUGGACCACCGCCACCGUCGACAUGCUCAAGGACUUCGAGAACGCGAUCCUGAUGGAGAUGAAGGUGCGCGGCUGGGACGGCAACGAGAGCACCGACCACAUCCAGUGGACCUUCACCGGCGCGCUCUUCUACUCCAUCAUCGUCAUCACCACCAUCGGUUACGGUCACAUAGCGCCGAAGACGCAGACGGGCAAGGUGGUGACCAUCUUUUACGCCAUUCUUGGCAUCCCACUCAUGUUGCUGUGUCUCUCCAACAUCGGCGAUGUCAUGGCAUCUUCAUUCAGGUUUCUGUACUGGCGCGUGUGUUGCUACGUGUGCACCAGACCUCCGAAGAAACGGCACAGACACCAUCACGUUUCCACGAGGCGAUCGGUGCGCGGUGGUAGUGGACGAGGCUCCACGCGCAGAAGAAGGCCGCCCAUAGAACGGGCGCAUUCUGAUACCGACUGUAGAUAUCGCGACAGCGGCUACAGUAGCGGUCGCAUCCGUCGCCCGCGGCCGCCUCCACUGCAUGCGCCGCCGCACACGCCACUACACGCGCCACACACAACGCACGGCGCGCGCACGCGCUCGCAGCCGCCCACCCUCUCCAGGGGAUACCCGGCGCGCGGUGUGGAGCCGGAGGAGCGCUCCCCGGCGCGGUACGAGCGCUUCGAGCGGUUUGAGCGACUCGGCAGGGACAGGGACUUGUACGACGAGGAAGAUGAGGACUUUCCGAAAAUAUCUCUACCCCUCCAAGACCUGGAGGCAGCACUUAAAGACUUGGAGGAUCACCAGCAUAAGGCUUCGAAGCCAGAGCUCCGCAGCAAGUCACUUCCCCGCCCCUCCAAACCUAAACCAGAUUACGGACCUCGGAGAGACUUUGAGGAUCGAUACGAUGAUGACCACAAAGACAUGUUCGAAAUGCACGACCUGCACGAGGUCGAUUAUGAGAAUUACAAAGAGAGGCAGGCGUUGGAAAGGGAAAGGAGGAGAGAGCGGGAAGAAUACGGGGGCAGGGACAGAGGAUACGAUCCUGAGGAUGAGGAUUACGAGUUCGAUAGUCCUAGAAGAAGACCGAGACAUGACUGGAGGUAUGAUCGCGGCCGCUCGGAGUACUACGAGAGGGAGCGGGAGGAGCCAUGGGACCGGCGGCGGCAGAGGCGAGCCAGGAGCGCGGUGUACGACUACGAGCACCGGUGGGAGGACGGACGGGACGAGAAGAGAGAGGACACGCGCCCCAGGCGGCUGAGGCGGCUGCACACUGUCGAGGACACCAGGCCGCCUUAUAGAUAUUCCCCAUCUCCGGAUCGGGACGACUGGAGCGACGAGGUGGUGCCUCGACGUAGCAGGCCUCCCGCCCAAGCGUGGGGCUCCCGACAGUCGGAGCUGUACCCGGCGCCGUCAGAAGUACUCGUCAAAGAGGAGAUAAAGCCGGUGCCGAUCUGGCUGUGCGUGCUGCUGGUGGCGUCGUACAUCGUGGCGGGCACGUUCCUCUUCAAGCAGUGGGAGGGCUGGGCGUACCUCGACGCGGCCUACUUCUGCUUCAUCACGCUCACCACCAUCGGCUUCGGGGACUUCGUGCCCGCGCAGGGUCAGCGCGUAGACGACGCCGCCGCCGCGGUGCACUCGAUCGCGCUGUGCUCGCUGUACCUGCUGUUCGGCAUCGCGUUGCUGGCCAUGUCCUUCAACCUGGUGCAAGAGGAGGUGCGCGCCAACGUCGCCGCGCUCGCCACCAAGCUUGGCAUAAUCAAACCAAGAGACCAGCCCGAGGACUCCGACACUGAUUACUGAGGCUGUAGAAUUAGCCUCACAUACAUACAUAAACAAACAACGCAGGUCUAACCCGCGCAGACUCUCUCAUAAGACACAUAAGAAAACCGUGCUGGGAAUAAGAAAACAACGCGCAGAUUCUCACAUAAGAGACAUAAGAAAAUCAUGCUGGGAAUAAAAUAAGAAAACACGCAUCACGCCUUUAUCUCCGAAGAGAUAAACAGAGUUGCAACCUUCUUUUCAUCACUGCUCGGCAUCAUUUAGCCGAAAAAACAAGCCUUGAAACUUCGAUUGAAAAGAAAAUCUUCGUAGUAAGAGUUUCUUUCAGUCCAACAAUUAAAUGCAUUUUGUAAAUAAUAUGUGAAUACGGAGUGAUAGUGAAUAUAUCUGUAAGUAAAAAUUGUGUAUGGUUUUGUAAUUGUCGUAAUAAAAAAAAUUAUAACCCUAAGUCUGUUUAUUAUUACAAAAAAUGAACAAAUGCGAAUUGGAUUCGCGCAGCGAGAGUUGCUUAUAAAACUGUUGGCAACUUAUCUAAGUAUAAUUUAGAUCCAACAAUUUUAUAAAGCACAUAUUUACGACACGACAUAAGUAUUUGCUUCUCGCCAAAUUUCAUGUUAAUAGAUCAACGGGAAAUACCUUUAUGAUAUAAAAGCGGUGUGUCACUUUCCUGUGCAUAAGCUGUCGCUUAUAACUUAUCUCCUGUCAAUAUGAAAAUAAUAUUGAGUAGGUGU